CAAUGGGACUAAUCCCCGACAUCCUGCAAUAAAGCUUAUCUUCCCGUCCUUAUGCAAAUAAACGAAGACGCCCGAAAGCGUACGUCUGAAAAAUUUGACAUAUCACUUCACCUGCCACGAUGGCUUCUCCACCGAUAGAUAAAAACACAGUAAAAAACGAAGUUUCAGUAAAUGUAGACAUAACAAAAGUAAAUAUGCAGCCCUCGACUAGCAAAAACAACCAGUUGGGCGAAAUCGCAAUCGAAGCUUCUGAAAUUGUAAGUAGAUUAGAGCAAGUUGUUGAAGGCACAAAUCUUGCUGAUGCGGCCUACAACCAACCGACGGUUUUUCUGGGAAUGGAGCAGAAACGCACCGAGGAAAUAAUUCAGAUAAUUCAAGGGUUGAUUAGUGUGGAUGAGGAUGGAGAACCAUUGAGUUUUCACAAUUUGGAUAACGUGGCCAAGUUGGUGAUGAUUUCCCACAGUAUAGCGGCGUUUUGUAGCGGCUUAGAGCGCCCCAUUAUGCAGAAGUUGAGCACGAGGUUUACCACAGAUACGACACGGUGGAUCAGCCAGAUUUUCGGUUUUUUAGACUCGUCUUCGUUUUAUCACGACGAUCACCUCGAGGGGCUAGUCAGAGUCACCAGAAUGAUGCUACAUUACAAAUAUCCGAGAUAUCUUGAAGACGGUGCUUUGGCCUUCAGCUCCUCACUUCCGACUAUUUACAGUAGUGUUGCAAGCCCCCUUGUUGUAGUCCAACAUUUGUGUCGCCAAUUGGGACUACCGCUGGCCUGUGUAAGACCAGUUCCGGUCAAUACUCACUUUGGUAAAUUAGCAGUUCAGGUGUUUUGGGGUUAUUUGGGGCCGUUUUUAGGUUCACAAUACACAAUGGACGUGUCAUCGUUACAAAAAAUGUUAGCAGACGAUGUUAGUGCUGGUAGAACGCCGUUAAUCGUAAUCGCGGAUGCUGGGACCCCCAUCACGGGCCAUGUUGACAACAUUUCAAGGAUAAAAGAAUUGUGUCGACUACAUGACGCUUGGUUGCACCUAAGGGGGCACAGUUUGGCCGCUUUGGCCCUACCAAACUACCAACGCAAUGGCCAUAUAGUUCCAGUGGCUGAUAGUUAUACGUUGUCUCUGGGUAGUUGGCUUGGUAUUGCUGGGUUACCAAUGAUCACUUUGUACCGGCUUUGGGAAUCGACUUCGAAUCUUAACCGUAAUAAACAAGUGGGGGCCACUCGAGAGAGCACUCUCCCGUUUUUAGCUGGGCUAAAUAAUGACCAUCAAGGGCGUCGUAUCCUCGCCUUGCCCUUGUGGGCCGCUUUACAGGGUUUAGGCCGAGAUGGGGUUCAUUCUAGGAUAAGGGACGACUUUUUGGCCAGUGAGAGGCUUUGGGCGGCUUUGGACCGGUAUCGACACGUCCGAGUUUUGAGUCAAAAACCGGGCGGUGAGAGUGGCAGUUACACGGUUUCUGAGCUCAUGUCCAAGCCUGCCAACAUAAGUCUUUUGUUCGAAUCGACGGCUUGCUGCGUAGUCUUCCAAUUCACUCCCGAACUGAGCGAAGGUGAAGUCCUCACAAAAGUGCCUCCAUAUUACGACAAACUAAACUCUUGGUUGGGCCAAAUCCUGCAAUUGGACGCACCCCAAGUUCCCAUAGACAUUUGCGAACUUGAAAAUGUCGGUGUUGUUUUACGUUUCUGUCCUUUUGAGAACGUCACUGGUCAACAACCCACUCUUGAAGAAAUCCAAACUUUUGUUCAAUGUCUUGAACAACAGUUGGUAAUUCUGCGAGCGACGAUUCAGCAUAAGGAGACUUUCAUCAAGUUAGUUUCUGAAUCGCCGGUUUUGAAAAUCGUUGACUUACCCGAUUGGGCGGGGUUAGGGGGUGUUAGAUACGCCCCCGAGGGUUGGGAACAAUUAUUAACCGAUCAAGCGAAAGAAGAGUUGAAUAAUUUGAAUAUGGCGCUUGUUGAUUCGUUGAGAUCGACAGAUUCGGCGUUUUCAUUGGGCGAGGGGGCGGAUGGGUUGAUGUGUGUCAGGUUUGGGAUGUUGACGCCCCAAUCGGACGUUGAGGAGCUUCUUAAUCUAGUGAUAAGAGUCGGACAAUCAGUUGAGGAGAAUUCUAGAGUUUUGGAUUCGAUGGGCGAAAUUGUCAAGAAAGGCAUUGAGACGGCGACUCUUGACCUCCAAAAGGAAAACGAAGAGCGUUUAUGGCAGGAGGGAAUCCUCCGACAGGUCCCAGUGGUAGGCACUUUCGUUAAUUGGUGGUCUCCCAAAACGAAAGAAUCGGGGGUAAGGGGGAGGAGUUUGAAUUUGACGCAGGGCGUGGUCGAGUCCACUGAAAACAUCUACAAGUACCACAUGCAAAUCAGUGGGUCCACUCCCGGUGCGAAAAAUCCCCCUACUCCACAAGUCCAAACCCCAAUUGGGGGGAGUCAUUCCAGGUCGAGUAGUCAUGCGUCAAGUCAAGGGGCGAAAAUAGAAAAUGAAAGAGAGGUUCCUAAAGAUAGUAGUAAGAGGAAAAGUUUGCCACAGACUGAAAAUAAAGUAUUAACGCCUUAAAUUGUCGUUUCGAGCUUCAUUGUUGAUUUAGAGUUAGCUGUUGCGAUUCUUUUGUGCACCGGUGGUGUUUUGUUUUUGUUAUUAAAUAACUAAAUUUUUUACAGUAUUAUAUUUUUAUCUUCUGUACAUAACGAAUUAUUUAGAUUCAAAAAUAAUUAUACAGGGUAUUUCGUCUACACAAGACAUUUGGAGUUUUGUGAAUUCUAAUAAUGAUAUUUAUCUGAAAAUUUGUAUAUAGCCUGCUCUGAGAAAAUAUUUACCGGUUAUACUGGAAUCGGGUGUCAACUACUUUAUUUUAAAUGGAAAACUAUGUUCUAAAAGAGUUUUUGUAGACUUUCUAAAUACCCAAGCUUAGUGGUUUUCAAAAUCUUUAUUUAUUUAUUGGAUUUAUGGCUUCGCCUUUAAAAAUCGAUAACUUUGCCAUUUGUAAAUAUUAUGAAAUCGUAUCCGAGCAAUUAAAAGAAGAAAGUUAGAUUCUCCUUUUGGUGUGUUCAUAAAAAAUAGUUAACAAAUCUUUAAAGUUUAAGGUUACAUUUGGGAAACUUCAAAUACCCAUAACUCAAUUUUCCCUAAUUUUUUCUUCAAAAUACAUAUAGUAUAUUAUUAUAUGAGUGAUUAUGACACCCAUUAUUUUCGAAAAUGGGGGAAACUUCACGAGUCGUAGGCGAGUGGCAGUCAUCUGAGUGAAUAAUCGUCAUAAUCGCGAAUUUAAUGCUAUGCUUUUCUAUACCUAAGUACUGGGUGACUAUUAAUGUUUCUGAAAGAAAAACCUAUUGGUAACCCUGAAUUAUUGGUAAUCCUUCAAAUUUGUUAUAUCAGAAUGUUUCAGGUGACAGCUAAAUCAGCAGUUCCUCGUCGCAAAUGAUUCACAAUUGCCUAUAAAAGUUUGACGUUUGAGUUUGAAAGUCAAGGUUGCCAAACUAAAAUUUGAUACCAACUUGAGGUAACAAAUCACAAUCAUUUACAGUCACCCGGUACUAAAAAAAUAGACUCAAUUUUGAUACUUGUCUGUCACGCGAGUUGAUUUUCAGCCGCAGAAGAGUUAAAUCAUAAUUUACUACAGUGAAAUUUAUAUAAGAUACGAUUUUUCACAAAAAAAUUGCUAAUAAUAUGACAAUUAUUAAUUAAAUAGGUGUAAAAAAAAUAAUUAAAUUUAUGUUUAAAUAAUUUUGAUUCUCAACAUAUGCGAAAACAACUAUGGCUAAUGAAUUUCCCGAAAUAUCACCGAAAAUUUACCAUAAUUUGAAAAUUAUUAAACGAAGGUUUAUAGGAAAUUUAUUAUAGAUCGAUGCAAAAAAAAAUUCUAUUUAAUGAGAAAAAAUUAUGACAAUUACAGGAAAAUUAUAAGGAAAAGAGUUUCUAAAACCUAACUUUAAAGUAUGGGGCUUUUUUACUUUUUUUAUGAGUACACCAAAGGAAACACAUAACAUUUUUCUUUCAAAUGCUGAAAUAUGAUUUCAUAAUAGCUAAAAAUGGCAGUGUUACCGAUUUUUAAAAAGGGAAGGUGCAAAGCCAAAAAAUUGAAAAAAAAAAGUCUAAACAUUUCGAAAACGGCUAUACUUCGGUAUAUAAAAAUUCUCUUAGAAUAGCUUGAGUAAUCCAAAAACAUGGCUUGCAUCUAAAAUAGUUUCUGGAAGUGCCUAAAUUUUGGAAAUAUUUUCAUUCAGGAGCAAUUGAUUUUUUAUUGAUCUUAGAUGUACAUCAAUUUUCACAUGAAUAUCAUUGUUAGAACUCACAAAACUUCAGUUUAGACGGAAUAUCCUGUAAGUAUAUCUUUGUUUCAAAUAAUUUGUAGUAAUUUAAGAUAGUUUAAAAAUUUAUUUGACUUUUUAUUAUUUGGAAUUGUAUUUCUACAGUUUAUCUUAAUCUAGGUAAAAAUAAUUAGCCUUUUAUUCCGCAAUACUGUUUUUAUUACUACAAUAGAUAGCCUUGUUACUUGCACAUUGUUUGAUUCAGAUAAUAUUGUACCAAAGAUGCUUGACAAGCGUUCAUUUUUAAUAAAACAAAUUUUGUCGCAA